AUGGUCGAAGUAAAGACAUACCACCUCCCCCCAACAAAACUUAUGCCCAAUUCUCCUCAUCCACUACUCCACUACCCCAGCCUGCUACGAUCAAAGACCUCCGCAAGCUCGAAGUCAGGCGCCAUUCCACCUGCAGAAGUCCACGACCUCUACGCCUCCAACGGCUGGAAAACCCAAUGGAUCUUCCGCUACGGCCACACACAAGCCUCGCACUACCACAGCCAGGCGCACGAAUGCAUGUGCGUCCUCACCGGCUCUGCUCGGAUCCGCUUUGGCGUCGCCGACACCUCUGAAGACUUGGACGCGAGCACGCAUGGCUCUGCCCAAGAAAGCGGGGGCGUAGAGAUCGAGGCGAGGGCGGGAGAUGUCUUUGUGCUGCCGGCUGGAACGGCGCAUAAGACGUUCAACACGCAGCCGGAGGCAGAGUUCAAGCUGCUAACGCCUGGUGGUGCGCAUCAGAUCGGUGAGGCGGGAGCGGAUGCGAGGAGAGUGUUGGAAGGGAUUGAGUUGGAUGGGUUCACUAUGAUUGGGGCGUAUCCGGAUGGAGGCGGAGAGUGGGACUUUGCGGUGGGAGGCGAGGAUGUGGGGAGAUUUGCGAAGGUGUGGGGUGUGCCGAAGCCUGCGAAGGAUCCGAUUUUGGGGACGGCGAGGGAGGGAUUGGUUGGGGUGUGGAAGGAUGGUGGGAGGGUGAGGAGGGAUAUUAAGCUUUAG